AUGGAGGCGGCGCCCUGGCCGACCUCACGCCUUCCUCCGCCCCCAGCGCCACAGUUGGGGCUCGGGGCUCCGGGUUUGGGGCGGGGUGUGGCGGCGACUCACGCAGCGCACGUUGAGGCCUCGGCAGCGAGAGCGGGCGUGGUGGAGCCCAGCUGCAAGGCGAGGCGAAGCGGAGCGGGCCGUGCAACUCCCACCGCGGCUGCGGCUGCGGCUCCCGUGCGCUGCUCGCCGAUGGGGUCCGAGCGCGUCCCGCUCAGCGAGGUGAUGGGGACGCGGACGCAGCUGCUGGAGGACGAGUUGAGCAGCCUCAAGGAGGAACUGGCCCUGUGUCAGGCUGAUAAAGAAUUUGUAUGGUCUUUAUGGAAACGACUCCAGGUGACAAACCCAGAUGUCACACAAGCAGUCAGUUUGGUUGUGGAAAGAGAAAACCAGAAAUCUGAAGCUAAGGACAGAAAAGUCUUAGAGAUUCUGCAAGUCAAGGAUACUAGAAUACAAGAAUUAGAACAGAGUGAAUCUGGACUCAAACAGGAUAUAAAAGACCUUUUAAAACGAAAGAUUGCAGUGGAUGAAGAAAAUGCUUUGUUAAGAAAUGAACUAAUUGACCUGCAGAAGAAAUUUAUAGAUAAAAGUCAAGAAGUUAAGGACACUAAGGAAUGUGUACAGAAUAAGGAAGAGCAUAACAGAGUGGUUAUAAAAAAUCUGGAGAAGGAAAAUGAGACAUUAAAAACCCGUUGCACUGACCUGCUAAAUGAACUGGAGAAACUGAGGAAGCAGGAAGCAUAUUGGAGAAAUGAAAAAUGUAGCAUUGAUAAAAGAAUAAAGACUUUGGAAGAUAAUCUAACUGAAGCAAGGAAAGAAAUUGAAGUAUCCCAGAGUAAAUAUGAUGCUCUGAUAUUACAAUUGAAUAGUAAACAGAAUGAACUUAACCAGAAAGAUAUGGAUAUUAUCCUGGUCAGGAAGGAGUUGCAGGAGCUGCAGAAUCUUUACAGACAGAACAGUGCACAUACAGCUCAGCAAGCAGAGCUGAUUAAGCAGCUUCAGAUUCUGAAUAUGGACACUCAAAAAGUAUUGAAGAACCAGGAAGAUGUUCACACUGCAGAAAGUAUAUCACAUCAAAAACUUUACAAUGAAUUACAUAUUUGUUUUGAAACCACGAAAUCAAAUGAAGCAAUCCUCCAGCAAAGAGUUGUUAGUCUUCAGGAUCAGCUGAUUCAAAAAGAGCAAGAAAAUAUUAAAUUAAAAGAAAGACUUCAGAAAUCACAAGGAGCUCCACCUUUUCUUCCAGAAAAUGAUUCAGACCACUCAGAACAGAUACAGGUAUCUGAACGGCCAUCAAUAUCAAGUUUAGAAGCCUUAAUGGUCUCACAGAAGUCUGAAAUUAAGUAUUUACAGGAGAAGCUAAACAUAGCAAAUGGAAAACUGUCAGAAAAUAUAUCUACCAAUAACAAUAACUCAGAGAAGAACACCUUAUCAAGAUCUGAAAAAAAACAUAAGGAACCACCUGUGAAACGCUCAAGGUCUUUGUCCCCAAAGAGCUCUUCUUCAGACUCAGAGGAACUAAGGAAGCUGAGGAAAGCUGAAAGGAAGAUGGAAAACUUAGAGAAAGCAGUACUACUAAAGAGCCAAGAAAACGAUGAGUUAAGAGAUGCCCAUGAAAAGUGCAAGGAAAGGCUACAGAUGUUACAGACCAACUACAGAGCAGUAAAAGAGCAAUUAAAACAGUGGGAAGAAGGCUGUGGCAUGAUGGAAAUAAAAAAACUGAAGAAAGCAGAUCCUCAGCAACUUCAUCCGCAAGAUUGUGAUACUGUAUGGAAUGAAUUGUCCUAUUUUAAAAGGGAGAAUCAGGACCUAAUAUUUCAAAAGUUGAAUCUUCAAGAAGAAUUGGAUACACUUAAAGUGCGUAUGCGUGCAGAUAAGGCAACAAUACAAGAACUGAAAACACAAAUAGAAGAGAAUGAUGAACAACUCUUCAGAAAAUGUGAGGAUGACGGGGUCAAGAAAAGUCCUCCAGAGAAGAAUGUGAAAGAAAUAUCGGAGCAGACAUUACAGAAGAUCAUAGAAUUAGAAAAUCGGCUAAGAUCUUUUGAGAAAGGAUCAAGAAAACUAAAAGAAGGGAAUAAAAAAUUAAUGAAAGAAAAUUACAUGCAGAAAUCCCUGUUAAAACAACAACAAGAAGAUUUAGAGACCAAAGGAAAAGAUCUAGAGAGUCUACAAAGGAGGAGUAAAGAUACAGAAAAACACAAAAACGAACUUCAAGUAAAAAUCAGUGAGCUGGAGAGAGAAGUCACUUCCCUAAGGACGCAAGUGGCAGAAACUAAUGGGUUGAGAAAUGAAAAUGAAGAGCUGAUGAAUUCAGUGGAGAAAUUGCAGCAUUCUGCAGACAAAGCUAUAACUGAGAUGGCCACCACCUCGGAAGCGCAAUCUAGACAAUAUGACUGUAAAACAACCAUUACCAAGAUUAACUUUAAAGCCGCCAAGAAAAAGUGCUCUUUGGGUCGUUACCACACAGUUCUCAAUCACUGCGUCAAGGUUAAGAGUAAUGUGUUUGAGAACCUCAGCAAGGACGGCUGGGAGGAUGUGAGUGAAAGCAGCAGUGAUCAUGAAACACAGACCUCUCAAAAUCUGGGAACGAUUAUUGUAGAGACAUCUGAAAAAAUAAAUCCUAUAGAAGAUGGAAUGGACCAAAAAGAAAGUGAGCAAGCAGAAGAAAACCAUACACAAGGAAAAGAAAUAGUGCAAGUAUAUUCAAAUGCAGAUGGCAAGAACUCUAAGGAUUUUCAUUAUAAGAAUGCAAAAAAGUCAACUUUUCUAAAGAAGAAUAACAUUAGUCAAAAGGGUUCUUAUACAACAAUUCCUACCAGAGCUAACAAAGAAAAGUGGAAAAAUAUACCUUCCCAGAAAUCAAACAGCAACAAUUUUUUAUUACGAGAACGAAUUAUAUCCUUACAGCAACAAAACAGUUUACUUCAGAAUGCCAAGAAAAAAGCAGCAGAAUUAUCUGUUAAAGAAUAUAAAGAGGUCAAUGAAAAGCUCCUUCAGCAACAGCAAGCAUCUGAUCAACGAAUUCAGACAAGCAAACAGACAAUAAAGAGGUUAAACUUGAAUUUGACUGAACUGCGGAAAGAGAAAGAAGAUUUACUAAAGAAAUUGGAGUCUUCAUCAGAAAUUACAAGUUUGGCAGAAGAAGUUUCCCGGCUACCAGAUCCACGGAUACAAGUUUCAACAUUUUCUGCAAAAAGCAUGGAUUUGGAAAUUAAGCAAUUACAGUGUAAAUUAAAGAAUGCAACAAAUGAAUUCACUAAACAGUCAUCAAAUAUGAAAUCUCUGAAAUUUGAACUCCUAGCAAAAGAAGAACACAUAAAGGAAGUGCAUGAAAAGCUGUCUCGAAUGGAAAGAGAUAUAGCCAUGAAAAGACAUUUAAUAGAGGACCUGAAAUUUCGACAGAAAAUGCAUUUGGAAAGUAAUGAAAGUACUAAUGAAAUGUUAGAAAGUCUGGAAAAGAAGGUUAAGACUUUAACUGAAGAAUGUUUCAACAAGAAGGUAUCGAUAGAUUCACUGAAGCAAAGACUUAGUGUUGCUGUGAAAGAAAAGGCACAAUAUGAACAGAUGUACCAAAAAACUAAAGAAGAAUUAGAAAAAAAGGACCUCAAGCUUAAUUUCCUAGUAGCAAAAGUAAAUGAGACUGAAUCAACAGUAGCAGAACUUGAAGCAGCAGCAUCUAAGCAUCUUAAGGAAUUAGCUUUGCAGAGUGAGCAAGUUCUCGAAGGCACUCAGAAGAAAUUGCUGUUAGCCAAUGAUAAAGUGGAAGAAUUCACCAUUUUUGUAAAGGCUUUAGUAAAAGAGCUACAAAAUGAUGUCCAUGAAAUAAGGCAAAAGAUCAAGGGACUUAAAAAAAUGCAAAGAAACAAGGGUUCAUGUAAAAUUUCAACCCAUAAAGCACAGACUUUGGCAGCUUCUAUCUUGAACAUUUCAAGGUCAGAUCUAGAGGAAAUAUUGGACACAGAAGAUGAAGUGGAAAUGGAAAAGUCAAAGGUAGAUGCUGAAAAUGACAAGGAAUGGCUGUUGUACAUUCAGAAACUUCUUGAAGGACAGCUCCCUUUUGCCUCCUAUUUACUAGAAGCAGUCCUGGAGAAAAUAAAUGAAAAAAAGAAUCUAGUUGAAAGAUAUUACACAAUUAUUAGAGAUGCUAGAUGACAUAACAAUGGGGAUUGUUUUUUUUUUUUUUUCAAAAGUGAAAACUUAUUAUGUGGUGAGUUUGGAAUACUUGCAUUGCCAUCCUUAUAAAGUAUCUGCUCUAGUUAUCAAUAGUCAGGUUCAAUACCUAAAUAAGAAGUCUCUGAAACUAAUUAAUUGCUGAACAAGUAAAACAAAUUAAGUGCAUAUUCAGUUUAAAGGAAAUAGUGUAGCAUUUGAUCGUUGAAUACAAAUAUUGCCACAAAUCAAUGUAAAUUUAAAAAUUAGUUUCCUUCCACUGGGUUUGAUGACAUAGAAAAAUAUUGGCAUACACAAUGUAUUUAAAGGUAAAAAAUAAAAUAGAAGCUAAGUGCUUAAUCUUAUAAGUUUUAUAAAGGAACUAGACUUUUUACAUAAGAUUGUUAUAAACGGCCAUAAAUUAACCAAUAACAAUGUGUGUAGGGUAAACAAAUUUAUAAAAUGAGUUAUUGAAAUUUAAGGAUGAGGAUUUCGGUGAAUAGUCCAACUGUGUCAUUUUCCAACAUACUAGGUUACAUAGAAGAUGCUGUAUUUUAGUAAAAUGAUUUGGCAUAAAUAAAAACAUCUCUAUUAUUUUUAAGUUCACAUUACUUACAUAGGGUGAUCAGAUAAACUAGCAAGGGACCACAAAUCCAAUGUGUAACAUUAAGCUAGAACCAGCCUAUUGUGGGUAACAAAUUAAAGUAUUUAACCAUUAUAGCAUUCUUGGAUUUCCAAGCCUUCCUAUCCUAUCACUAUCUUCCAGCCAUAUCUAAUUUGGGGGUUUCCACGAAUUCACAAAUUUGUGUCUGUUUCUAACCUUUGUUUCCAUUGCUGUUUUUUCUUCUGACAGUACUUCGUACUGAAGCAAGAGCAGUUAUACAGCAGUUAGGGUGUUUGUCAACAUGUAAACAACUGGACUACUGCCACCCCAUGUAGUCUCCCAAGCACCUCCAAAAGUAAUUCCUCUGUGCAGAGCCAGGUGUAAUUCCUGAUCUCACCACCGGGUGUGGCCAAACAAACAAAAAUAUCCUAUACUAACUUUUCUUAUACAUGGGUUCUUACCAUUCAGAUUCAUCUUGCAUAAUUUUUAGUGGCACAUUUCUCAGUCAUCUUACUGCUUUAUUUCUGUCAAGAUGCAAUAAUAUCUUGCUAUCUUUUUGCCUAUUAUCUUGUUAUUUUCUUCUCCCCUAAUUAUAAUCUAGGUAUCCUGAGCAUCAGGCAGGAGAAAACAAAUUAUGACCUACAGAGCAUAACUGACCUGCCACCUCUUUUGUGUGACCCACAUCUGAGAAUAAUUUUUACAUUAUUAAAUGGUUUAAAAAUAAAAAUAAUAUUUUGUAGCAUGUGAAAAUUAUAUGAAAAUCCAAUUUUAGUGUUCAUCAAUAAAGUUUUAUUGGAGCAUAGCAA